GGGCACAGCCGGUGGCACGGGGCACGGAACCACCGCCGCUGCUGCCUCUGUCCCCCACGGUGGCCCCGUCCCCCGCAGAUCUGGACAGGCUGCUCUCCGACCUGCGCUCCUUCCUGCUCAUCCUGGACCGGGAGAGCCUCAGCGCCGCGGCCCAAGCCAAGAAGAAGUCGGUGGCCGAGCUCCUGUGCCGGCUGCAGAGCCCCCCCCCGUCAGAGGAUGCAGAGUACAUGAUCAUGCGCUGCCUCUCGCCCUCCUCGGGGACCCCCCAGGGCUGGGACAACUCGGGAACCAGGACGCAGGAUGCAAGGGGAAGGAGAGCGUGCGAGUGCCGCCCGGGCAGCACGCAGAGCUCGCACGGUGGGAGCAAAGCACCGAGCACCUCGCCAUCCCCACCGGCCGACGACUCCUACGAAGACACCGAACCCCUCGGACCAGGGGGACGCGGCAGCCCCGGCGGCGCCGACACCGACAGCAGCCACUACGAGUCGUACGGGGAGGACGAGGACGGCGUGCCGGACCGUGCCCAGGACCGUGCCCACUACCUGCGGUGGCCACCGGCCACCGGCCCCCCCCCGGCCGAGCCCCCCGGCCGCCCCGAGGCUCAGCUCUGCGGCUUCCUCUGGAGGAAACGCUGGCUGGGGCGCUGGGCCAAGCAGCUCUUCAUCGUCCGCGAGCACGCGCUGCUGGUGCGAGGGUUUCAGGCGUGCCGCCGACCCGCAGCCGGCGCUGGAGCUGGAGCUGCGGGGCUGCCGCGUCGCCUCCAAGGGCACGGGCAGCAAGAAGCUGCCGCACGCGCUGAAGGUGACGGGGCCGGCGGGCGAGGCGCUGGUCAUCGGCUUCCCGAGCCGGCAGCAGGCGGAGGACUGGAGGAAGGUUUGGAGGUGAUCGAGGAGGUCAGCAGCAACUCCCCCAGCGGGCUGGCGGCCCACAGCCCCCCAGCAUCGCCCCCCAGCAGGCUCGGCAGGGCCGCCGCGCUCCGGUUCGGCACAAAGGAGGAAGAGGAGGAGGAGGAGGCUGCCCGCAGCCCCAGAGAGGACCCUAAAGGAGGGGCCCUGGCCGUGCGGCUGCGCGGGCGCUGGCAGCGGCUGUGGUGCGCGGUGCGGCAGGGAGCCCUGCGCAUGUUCCCCGAGCCCGGGGGUGCUCAGCGCCCCGUCUGCGCCCUGCUGCUGGACGGCUGCGAGGUCACCCCGGGGGUCCCCGCCACCGGCGGCUCCCCCCAGCGCCUCCGCAUCCGCAUCGCUCAGCGGGGCCGGGAGCUCGCCCUGCUGCAGACCCAUUCGGAGGAGGAGAGGGAGGCUUGGCUGAAAACCCUGCGGGCCAGGGGAGGACGGGAGCCGGCCGCUGACAGCCCCCAGGCGGAGCCCCCCAGGCUGGGAGGUGGCAGCAGCUCUCCUGCUGCGGGCGGGCUGCUGCUGCGUCGCUUCCCGACCCCCAACGCCUACAUGGACGACCCCUCUGGGCAUCUCCCGGCCCCCGAGCACGUCUACUCCAACACGGAGCGGCUGCAGCGGCUGCAGCAGAGCUUGGACCGAGCCGUGCAAGGGCAGCGCAGGAGACCCGUGUCCGCGCUGCCCGCCGGCGCCUGCAGCAGCACCGUGCCCUCGCAGGCAGGGAGGAGAGCGUUCCCCAAGCUGGAGGAGAAGGUUGGGCAGCUGGAGAGGGCUUGCCGCGGGAAGAGCAGGCUGAAGGCCGGCUCCGAGAUGAACCUGCUGGCCAUCGGCAAGUCUCUGAAGGGCCACAUCGCCGCCACCGCCAGCUCGGCUGCCUCCGAGGGCUCCUUCCUCUCCCCGCUCUUGAGGCGCACGGCGUCGGCCAGGAGCGCCCUGAAGCGCUCGCCCUCCGCGGGCGUCGUGGAGAAGGGGAAGGUGCUGCAGCAGAGAAAG